CGGUACGAGCACCUGGACGGCGGCACGUACCGCGGAGAGUGGCUGGGAAUGCUGAAGCAGGGCCACGGCGUGUAUGCCUACCCCUCAAACGCGCGCUACGAGGGCGAGUGGCGCAACAACCUCAAGGAGGGGCGGGGUGUGUACCGCUUCCCCAAGGGCGGCGUGUAUGAGGGGGAGUGGCGGGGUGGGCGCAUGGACGGCGUGGGCGUGCGCACCUUUGCCAGCGGCAGGGUGCAGGUGCGGGGUGCCGAGGGGGGAAGGGGAGGGGCUGCAGCCGCCGCGAAGCGGGGCUGA